GACACCUAUAUCAAUGUAAAGCAAACAGCCGAGAGUUAUUAGUUUGCAAAAAUUAUUCAAUAUGGAACGUUGGCAAAAUAAAGUAGCUGUGGUGACCGGUGCUAGUUCGGGUAUUGGUGCUGCUGCAGCCAGGGAUUUAGUUGCUGCCGGUGUUAAAGUGGUUGCAUUGGCCAGACGUAAGAAUCGCGUUGAAGAAAUCAUUGCCAGUUUGCCAACGGAACAGCAAUCAUUGUUAACAGCCAUCGAAUGUGAUGUCUCGAAAUUGGAAUCCGUCAAUAAGGCAUUCGAUGAAAUUAUUGCCAAAUUUGGUGGCAUAGAUAUUUUAAUUAAUAAUGCUGGUUGUACCUUGGAUGGACAAUUGGUUGCAAUGGACCCAGUGCAAUUGCAAAAUAUUUUGCAAACCAAUGUUAUGGGCAUUAUCUAUUGUACUCAGCGUGCCUUCAAAUCGAUGAAGGAACGUAAUGUCGAUGGUCAUGUGGUACUAAUCAAUAGUAUUUUGGGUCAUAAAGUGCCUGGUUCUUUUGGUCAAGUGCCUACAUCUAAUAUCUAUGCACCAUCGAAACAUGCAGUUACCGCUUUAACUGAAAUGUAUCGUCAAGAAUUCAGCGGUUUGGGUACUAAAGUGAAAAUCACAAGCAUUAGUCCCGGUGCUGUUAAUACAGAAAUUAUUACCGAUAAAACGAGAAAAAUAUUGGGAGAAUGUUUCCUCGAUGCUCACGAUAUAUCCAAUGCAAUUUUGUACACUCUAUCCACACCACCACAUGUCCAAAUUCAUGAAAUGACAAUUAAGCCUGUGGGUGAAUUGUUUUAA